ACACGGAUUGCGGGGGGUUCUUAAUGUUUGCCGAGUAUAAAAGCUGAAACCUGCGUUACGGACAGACUGUAAGAGUUCUCCUUCACAGUGUUGUGCUUUCAGUUGAUGAAAGUGCCAUGGCGUGCUAUACAGCAACGCUAAUUCUGGUUACCUUAUUUGUUUCGAACGGUUUUGCACAACAACAAGCUGAAGAAACUGCGCCAAAGAAAGAGGAGAGUUUCGAGGCUGAAUUGUGUAAAGACAAAGAUGCUGGGGAGUGGUUUCGACUGGUGACUGGUGAAGGUGACAAUUGCCGUGACGUCAUUCAAUGCACAUCUUCGGGUCUUCAAGCUAUUCGAUGUCCUGCUGGUCUAUACUUCGAUAUCGAGAAACAGACUUGUGACUGGAAGGACUCCGUGAAAAACUGCAAGUUGAAGAACAAAGAACGUAGAGUGAAGCCGAAUUUAUUCACCGAUAAACCGGUUUGUUCUGAAGGAGAACUGGCCUGUGGAGACUCACAGUGCAUAGAGAGAGGUCUGUUCUGCAACGGAGAGAAAGAUUGUGCGGAUGGAUCGGACGAAACCACUUGCGAUAUCGACAGCGACCCCAAUAGUGCCCCAUCAUGCGAUCCAUCAGUAUGUAGCCUCCCAGAUUGCUUCUGUUCCGAGGAUGGUACAUCAAUUCCAAACGACCUUCCAGCAAAAGAUGUCCCUCAAAUGAUAACCAUCACAUUCGAUGACGCAAUCAAUAAUAACAACAUAGGACUCUACAAAAAUAUCUUCAAUGGAGAACGCAAAAAUCCCAAUGGUUGCCAAAUAAAAGCUACGUUCUUUGUAUCCCACAAAUACACAAACUAUUCUGCUGUUCAGGAGAUGCACAGGAAGGGUCAUGAGAUCGCCGUACAUUCUAUCUCACACAAUGAUGACGAACAGUUUUGGUCGAACGCCAGUGUCAAUGAUUGGGUCAAAGAAAUGGGAGGUAGCAGAAUCAUCAUAGAGAAAUUCGCCAACAUCACUGAUAAUAGUGUUGUUGGGGUCCGUGCUCCUUACCUGCGAGUUGGAGGGAAUAAUCAGUUCACAAUGAUGGAGGAAGAGGCUUUCUUGUACGAUUCCACAAUCACUGCCCCAUUGAACAACCCACCACUAUGGCCUUACACUAUGUACUUCAGAAUGCCUCAUAGAUGUCACGGAAACCUCCAAAGCUGCCCCACCAGGUCUCAUGCUGUUUGGGAAAUGGUACUGAACGAGUUAGAUCGAAGGGAAGAUCCAGAGAACGACGAGUACUUGCCUGGGUGUGCCAUGGUGGAUUCUUGUUCGAAUAUCCUCACUGGAGAUCAGUUUUAUAACUUCUUGAAUCACAACUUCGACAGACAUUACAACGAGAAUAGAGCUCCUUUGGGACUGUACUUCCACGCCGCUUGGUUGAAGAAUAAUCCCGAGUUCCUGGAUGCUUUCCUGUACUGGGUGGAUGAGAUUUUAUCCAACCACAAUGACGUAUACUUCGUGACGAUGACGCAAGUAAUUCAGUGGAUCCAGAAUCCAAGAACUGUUUCAGAGGCCAAGAACUUUGAGCCAUGGAGGGAGAAGUGCGUUGUAGAGGGAAUUCCAGCAUGUUGGGUACCACACACAUGUAAACUGACAUCUUCAGAAGUACCCGGAGAAACGAUCAAUCUGCAAACGUGCGUUAGGUGUCCGAAUAACUACCCAUGGCUGAACGACCCGACCGGGGACGGACUCUACUAAUCCACCUUUAGUUCAAUUUAUUGAAUGGUUCUUGUAUGCAGGACUCCUGUAUUUCGGGUACUACAGUGAUCAUACGUUACACAAUUUUCGUAUUUAUUGAUAGCAUUUACCGAAUGCGUGAUCUUUCGUUAUAAAAACGAUUUUACUAGACUAGACUGCUGAAUUCUCGCUUGGAAAACAAAGUGACUGUCACCGUUAUGUAAUAUAAGCUCCUAUUUGCUGUUGUAAAUUUUUUAUGUUCCAUAGGCAAUGAUUGUAAAAGUAUUUUGAUUCGUAUUAAAACAUUGUUUCAUCGUUGUCCUUAACAAAUGAAUCCAAUAAAAAUAUUCGAAUCUUA